AUGAGGUGUGACGUGAACACGCUUGGCGACCCUGUGCCGGGGGAGGAUGGGAAGCACUGCCAAUGCCUGGUGUCACGUGGCAGACGCUUGGAUUGCACUGCCUGUGACAGUCGUGUUCGCUGCGAAGCCGGCAAAGGCAGCCGUGAGGGCCAAGUGCUGUGGGAGGCGGUGGAGCCUUUCUGCUCGCAGGCCUGGGAGGAUGCUGCUGCAGCUGAUCCAUCCCUCCACGCCGGUCCUCGGAGAAUCCCUUUGAGCUCGCUCCAAAAACUCCUGCAGUCGCGGGUGGACCCGCGAUUCGUGGGCAACUAUGACAAACUGGUUGGCAAGGAUGGCUGGUUUGAUCGGGCCUUCGUCAACUAUUUUGCGGGUGCUCCCGGGAGCAAGCACGCAAACAUGACGGAGCAGCUGAUUCGCUCUGUGCACAUGUUUUCUGCGCAACCCAUCGUGGUGGUGCACCUGGGCAGCCGCACCCCGGACUCCUGGACUGCCGAGCGCUUCCCUCGCUUGCUGCUGUUCCACGCUGCCCCGAUGGGUCCCGACACCCACCGCAGCUUCAACUUCAACAAGCUGCGCUCUUUCCUGAUGGCGCGGGCGCGCACGGGCGUGGAGCUGGACUCCGACCAAUUCGUGGGGCCAGGGGUGGACUACAUGUUUGAGAUGACGGAGAAGGAGAUCACCAAGGAAUCUCCACUGCCAGUAUUGCCUGUCCAUUUCUACAGCUUCACAGAGGCAGACACGCCUCAGAACUUGUGGUGGCGUCGCUACUGCCCAGAUCCGCCCGCCUGCACAGCUCACACCAUGCGCUGGAGCCAUGCGCAUCCCACCUGGACAUUUUGGUCGCUUCCCUUUGUGGGUCGCUGGCUGCGUCGUCACUUCAGAGAUGAGCAUUUGCCACAAAUGGUGUCCUCGAAGGCCGUCUUGCUUGCUGACCUUGCCGUGGCCGAGAUCCCAGAAGAUGAGGACUUGCUGAACGUGGGCACGUGGGAAGAGAAGGGGACGAAGCAAUGGUGCAAGUUCGACAAUGAUUACCAUGAGUUUGCUGACAUGCUCAGCUGGCAGCCGGAGAACGGGGAUCACACAACCACGGGAGACAUUGCCAGUGACCCAAAGUUCUACCCACAGGGAGCAGCCAAGGCCUUUUUCACUGCCCACAAUUGCAAGGAUCCUGCUGCAACUGCGAAGAUGCUGGACGAGAUCGAGGAGCGCUGGAAGAAAGGCCUCUACCCAACAUCCACCAUCACCUACAAGGGCCGCUUCUUCGAGUCGGGACGAAAUGGCCCUGCCCUCAUGCUGAUCGGGGCCGUUGGCCUGGUCUGUGUCGCCGUUGCUGCCCUGGGGCGGAAGGUCACCCUCCAGGCGGAAAGGGCCGCAGAGCGGGAGCGCCGGCGUCAAGAGGAGAUGGGCCAGGGUGCCAAAGGCUCUGGCAGGGGGAGCCCGCCCUUCGCGGGGCGCUCCCAGGCCACGCGCGACGGCUUGUGCGCCUUUGAUCUCAAGAGCCCCAGGAGUUGCGCUGGCCUGGCAGGCGCCGAUGUCGCCUGCUGUGCAGGCGCUUGGCGCUGGCUAUCAGCCGCUCUGCGGUGGGUUCUGGCGCCCUGGCAGGCGGUCAUCACCAGGCCCUUGAUGCAGAACAUGCAGAACAUGGUGGUUGUGAUUGCAGGGCCGACGGCAGUGGGGAAGUCGGACACAGCAGUGGCGCUUGCGGCGCAACUCCAGAAGAACGGGCGCAAGGUGCGUCUUAUCAGCGCAGACUCCGUGCAGGUCUACAAAGGACUCGACAUUGGCUCCAACAAGCCUUCAUCGUCCGAGCAGGAGCAGUGGCCGAUUCAGCUCGUUGACUGGCUGGAGCCAGAUAGGCCCUGCACUGCGGGCAGCUGGACCCAGGCUGCACUCAGCCAGGUGGACGAAGCCUUGGGCCUGAAUGAGACCCCCAUCGUCGUGGGUGGCAGCAUGUAUCUUGAUUGGCUCGUCAACGGUGAACCAGACGCGGCCAAAUCCGAUCCUGAUGUCCAAGCGCGCAUUGCGGAAGAACUCCGGCCUUUCCAGGAAAGAAUGGACUGGGAUGGUGCUAUCGCCAUCCUUGCCACGGUCGACGCGGGCAAGGCGCAGAGAAUAAAUCGAAAUAAUUGGCGACAUUUGUCGCGGCAGCUGGAGGUGGUUCGGAGUGCUCCGCGGCGAGCGGGGCGAGCCUCUAGAACCAGCUACGACCUGCGGGCCUUUUUCCUCAGCCCAAUUGAUCGGCAAGCGCUCUUCCAUCGAAUAGACCCUUGGCGCUGCAAAGCAAUGCUGCAUAAGGGGCUGCUGGAAGAGGUUGCAGCACUCUUGGAGCAAGGCCUGCAGCUGGACACGCCUGCAGCCGAUGCCAUCGGUUAUCGGCAGGUCCUUGACUACCUCACCAGGCCGAACCCGCUGGAUGGAGAUGCUGAAAGCUUCCUCACUUUUCUGCAGAGGUUUGCUGCUGUUUCCAGGAACUAUGCCAAGUCGCAAGUGCAGUGGUUCAUGAAGGACUCCUCCUUCAUGUGGCUGGACGCCAACCCCACCAACCCAGAAGCACUUGGAGCAGAGCUGAGUCACCUGUGCAGCCUCCGCAAGGCUAAGUUCCUGUCACAGGUGCGAAAGGACACUGCGGUCCGUGAGACACAGGCCACGCAGGCAGCUUCCAUGGGGAACUUCGCUUGCGCCCUCGGAGAUUUGCCGAAAGAGGAGCUCCACCAGCUUCUCGAGCGAGCAGACCGCUGCACACACCGAGUCCCCCCGCCAGCCCGCCAGCAGCUGCCUGCGUUGCCGGGGUGGUCAGUCGGACAGGUGCGGAUGGGAAAGGUGUAUUGGCACGGCAGGCACCAAAAGUGGGGCUGGGGCAAUCCGCUGGGCAAGCUCCAUCGACAAGGCCUACAGCUUUUGUCCACCAAUGGGUGGCAGGCCAUCAAGGAGAGCGAUGCUAGCACGCUCCCAGCAUUUUGCUGGCCAACCCGCCAAAGCAGCUUUCCAGCCCAUGCUGCCACGGAUGAGCUGCCCCUGAUCCGCCCGUUUCCACAGGAAUUCACACGGAAGUUGGACAACAAAGCGAGCCUGGCUGCUCACUUGACAGCAGCCGGCUGUGACAUUCACCCGAUGACCUGGGAUGCGCAAGAGUUUCUUCGGGCACCCCCCGAGGAAGGCCCUGAAGGCCCUGAAGAGACUUUUUUCCUCAAGCAUAGCCUCGGAGUUAAGGGCAACGCCGUGCACGUGUUCGAUCGGACUGCUUUGGAUGCUCGGCUUGCUGAGCUGGGUCUGCGCUGCGAAUCCUUCAUUGUGCAGCGCUGUGUUGCGCCUCUGUCACUUCGGAACGGUCGCAAGUGGGUGAUGCGUGCGCAUGCCCUGUUGCAUGCUAUGAAUGGGACAGUCCGCCUUUAUAGUCACCGAGAUGUGAUAUCGUUGGAGUAUGGACAGCCGUACACCUCGCGGCUUGACUUGCGCGCCGCCCACGUGAGCAACAGCGCCAAGCUGAAGCACCUGCCAAAGCCGGAGCUGGUGAAGGAUGAGUUGGUCCUUCAGCAGGUGCAGCAGCUGACGCGGCAAGCCUUCGCCUCUGUCGCGGAGUGGAUUCCCCUUGGACCCUAUGCGCCUGAAGAGGCCGAGCUGUGCCAGGUCUUUGGCCUGGAUAUCAUCCUUGAUGCACACGGAAAGGCCUGGCUCUUGGAAGUCAACGACUACCCGGCCAUUGCCUCGGGGACCAUGGAGCAUGUGGACACGAAAGUCUACACUGAUUUGGUUCGGGAUGUGCUGUUGCUCGUGGUCCUCCCCAAGGUUGACAGCACAACACCUUCCCCGGGUGGAUGGCAGCUCAUCGAAUUGGACGAAGGGACUGCGAGCAAGAGGGCAAAGAGAAGAAUGCGGGCGUGCGCGGCCGUCACCGUUUGA